CACAUUCCAACUGGAUUCUCAUUCGGGAUCUUAUAUACUCUUCUAAUAUGAUUGGCAGAUGCUUGAUGAGCCGAUGUUCACGAUGCUAACAAUCCGAUAACACUAUGUCUACCUGGAGGGACCAGUACCUGGCAGCCUUGCAAGGCCGAGACAAGGUUGAAUCAGCCAAUCUGGGUCUUUACGACUACUGCACCAAACUUGCCGACGAAAAGGCCGAGCUCCAAAAGACAGCAGCCGCACAGGCACCAUCCGAGGAGGAUGAGGCUCCGACAUCUCCUCAGCCUUCGUCCCUGAUAGGCAUGGGCAUGAGACGAGUCACAUCACCCGCUGCUCGUCCAGAAUCUCCAACAGUCGCUCAAAUUCGUCAGGACCUGGCCAAGGCCCAGCAAGAACGUGGUGAUCUUCAAUCUCGUCUGGAUGCUGUGCAGCGUGAACUUGAGACUCUCAAGUCCAAAGCCAAAGUUGACAACAAGCGGAUUGCCCAACACAACGCCAGCGUGUCUCAAUUGACGGUCAAAUUGAGGGAUCGGGAGGAGGAACUUCGCGGCAAGGCGAAAUUGAUCGAGAACGUGCAGGACGAGAAUGUCACGUUGAAUUUGCAGCUCAAUAUGGCCGAGGAGCAGUCCGACAAGUUGAAGAAAGAGAACAAGGAGCUUGUUGAUCGAUGGAUGGCGAGGAUGGGGAAAGAAGCCGAUAAGAUGAACGAGGAUAAUAAGUUUGGCUUAUGAUGUUGAUCCCGGACUUCUCGCAUCAGCAUCCACCAAGUUCUACUGCUCUUGUCGUCUCUGAGACAGUGACAGCAAGCCAUACAGAACUGAGGGCGACAUUCGAUAUCUGCGAACGUCCGUUUAGAGACCUGGGGAGGACUUUGGAAGAAGAUUCUCUAUACGACUCUGUUACCAGAAGGAUCCUGACCGCUGCCUCUCCAGCUACAGGCGAACCUCGAAUUGCCCUUCAUGCAUUGCCGACCUAUCCAUCUCCUUAGAAAGGGCAGGGCUCGAUCUGGAAAUCACGGCCCAUUCUACGCCAUCUCUCCGACUUUGCAGGCUGCUUGAACACCGAGCACGGAUCGGCGCCCCGGGAGGUAGUCAGGCAUACUCGUGGGGGAGCUGUGUCCUCCCACGGCGUUCCAGCCGGGCGAUGGAUUUGUUGGGGAUGCCGCUUCAGAGCCGACAGUUCAUGUCCGUCCGAAGAGAGGUUGGAACAGUGCCACAGCGUAUGAGCGAGGAUCAUCGAAAUCGCACUCGGGCUUCAGAAGCUAAUAUAGCAAACGAGAACCAACGUCAAACUUCAGGGACCACGAUCUCUUAUCAUCAAAGCACUAGUGCGUCAGUAGCACCAGGCCAAUUUCUAAUAACUAGGUAGUACAUUAGCUGUCGAAGCAUGGCCAAAGAGCCAAAUUGCCAAAA